AUGUACCCAAAGGAGGAGAGCCCUUGUGAUGAUGUUCGCUUUUCUCCAGGCUUUUUCUUCCAAUGCAGCGGUUGGCUCUUCAGUCGGCUAAAAAGAUACAGCCUCCCCACGUCAAGGUACGACCAAGUUACCAAGGAGUAACACUUACUAGGUGUUAUGGUGGUUUGUUGAAAUUAGACUUAGAAAUCGGCAGUAUUAAUCAUUAGAUUUAUCUCUCGCGGAAUACACCAAAAAUUCCAGCUUACUUUCUCCUGAUGAUCAGAAGAAGCUCACCUAAGAAAUAUGCUGGGAAAUUGGGUCACUUUUGUGUGACAGAAGAGGAUACCAAACCUAACAAGUUAAUGAAAGGAAGUACUAAUUAAACUGAAUCAAGACCAAUGAGAACUACAGGAAAAAGGAAAGAAUUUUUAUUUUCUGUUAUGCACACGGCCAAGCUGGAAUCAUUCGGUAGAAAAAUAUCGCUUCUUCAUCUCGAGCGCGACACGUGAGUCUUAAAGUCCAGAAAUGUGGCAAUGACAAGAACGUGACCAUCAUAAUACAGUGGAACAUAACGGACCUUCAUAUAACGAAGUCCUCGGUAUAACGAACGAUUUUCUUUACCUCAGUAGUAGUAAAAUAUAUGGAAAAGAACCGCGAUGUAAUGAAACCUCGUUAUGGCAAACAAAUUUGCCAGUCCCUUAGCACUUCGUCAUGUAGAGGUUCCACUGUGCUCCGGUUAACGGUUGUCUUUUGUACGUGCGCUGACAACACAUGAUGCACGUCGCGUGCGCGGAAGAAAAGUCUAAAAAACUCACACUUUUUUAUUCUUUGGGUCGUGAACUACACCACACUUUUGAAUGUCAGGAGUAAAUUUUUUCCUUAUCCUUAUCGAGUGUCAUCCGUGUAAAGAAAAACUAGAGUUUAAUCACCAAAUUUGGAAAAAGUUGUAUGGAACGCUCUAAAUCACGCGCUUGUCACUGGAUCUCUACCACUUUGAUUAGCUUUGAUUGCACAACCAAUCGAUUUACGCUGUAAAUUUUCCCGCCAACUUUUCACCAAUCACGUGUACGCAAAGGGUGUUUUGGAACGUCAUGUGACCCGGAUGAAAUUGUGCUUCUCUUCUUGAAUGCUCGUGUGUUUUGUAGGAGAUGAGGUUUAUGAGGGGAAAAAACUGCCAAUGUUAUCCAAACUCUUCUCUUUUGGUCACCGAAAGGCCGGGAAAAAGCACAGCGAUACCGAGACGUAAGCAUCAUUAUUCGACAGCCUAAUUUUUCGUUUUAGAACGUCGUAACGGCCCUUAAUAAUUUUAUUGUAUUCACGUUUCGCAGCGAAGCAGACGAAAAAAUUCAUGGGACAAAGAGGUAAAUGUUAAAGGGAGGCUAAUGGUUUUUAUUUUUGCCAAGUAUUGUAGAUUUAUUGUUUGAUGCGUCACAGGUACGACAAGUUACAGUCAGUUAAUUGGGAAUGUCAGCCAUGUUUAAUUUCUUUAAGGAGUGAUGGUUUCGUGACCGAUGGUUUUGCGGACCACAAUGUCUUGUAGUGUAAGCUUACUUACUAUUAUUGAUUUUACAAGUGUUACUACUGAGUAAAGUAUUGAAUCGACACCAUAAAUGCGUUUUAAACCCUUCUUCACUUGUUCGAGGAAACGACAAAUAAGCUUACCAAAGUCGCUCCAUAAGAAAAUUUCUUUUCUACUCGCUUUUUAUCGCAUUGAUUGAGCUACAAGACAGAUUAACAAAUUCAUGCGCAUUCAACUUUUACUAGCGUAAUGUUUUCAACUACAAUAAGUCUGAGGUAGCCGGUGAUCUAGAAUUUUCGCAGCAUGUAACGUAUCGGCUGAUUCUUUUCAGGUCAAAACAGAACAGCAACAAAUAAACAUUUUUAACCCAUCCGGUGUCUUCCUUAUUAUAACUUAGUUUAUCAGUGUAAUUUGUCGGGCUAAGUGGUUCACUAAUUUAUGUGAAUUUUGUUUUAUUUUAUAAAAUUGAGAUCGAUUAGCCAAAAUUAAUGGUAUUGAUGAGCCUCGUGACUCAAGAUGUCAAAGAGGCUGCAGACGUUCCUGAUCCCAAAAAUCUGCUAACCUCAGAUUAUGACGCAUUUUUCCAAUUUGAUGAUUUAUAAUCUUAAUAACAUGAAUACUUUACAUUUUUUCUCUAUUGUUUUAUAUCUACAAUUGAUGUUUCGAGAUCUGUGGGAACAAAGGUUGAUUGUUUGACAAGGUGUUUUAGAGGUUUAGUAAUUUUUAGAUGCUGAUUUCCAGGAUUAAACUUCUUUAACUUUAACUUGUUGACUGGUGUUGACAUGAUUAUUUUUACUAAAUCAGAAUAAUAAUUUUCAGUGCAUUAAUCCUUUUUUAUCUUAAAACAAUUGUCUCUGACGUCGAGACUGGUGAAGCUUUGCCAUUAGUGGGUAACAAAAUACUCUAACGUAGUAUUUUGCUUAGGGGCCAACCAUUUGGGGUUACGAUGAUCUAGUUUGCAUAAGAAUUUAUUUUCCCCAAAUCUCUGGUGGUAGAAUUUUUUCCCUAUUAUACAAAGCCAUUGUAUGGCAGGUAUUUCCUUGCAAGAUAUUUUUCACUCAAAAUCAAUCUGCAUGAUAUUUUUUUCUGGAAUGCCUUGAAAGUAAACGAAACACGGUUUGCAAAAAAAGGAAGUGAAAUUUGAAUGACAAGGUGGAACAAACGACAGUUCACUUUUAACAGCUUUCAAAUGUCCUGUGAGUUGUAGGGAUCUGAAAUUAUAGCAUAAAAGUAUGGCCUCGAGCAAUUAUUUGCACAUGUACAUUUAUGUUCUUCUUUGGAUAAUUGCUAAUGAUCAUUAACUUUCAUAUUUGACAAGGCAGCUUAGAUAAUAUUUGGUACAGUUGUGCAAAACAUUUUGUUAUUAUUGUACAGUGGAGAAUUCCUAUACUACAGUUGUACUCUUUGUCCCGUUGGUAAUGUACUUUGAGAAUAUUUAUACAUUUGGGACCAUAUGAAACCUAAAACUCAGAGGAAUUAAUUAUGUUUUCAUUUUGGAAUAAUCAUGUUUAUGAUAUUGUAAAAAGCAAGAAAAAAUAUUUUUGUUUUAACUGGAAUGAGUACAUGCUUGUAUGAUUAAAUGACCACCUUUUUAAUGCAACGAUAUUUUCAUGGCCCCUGUAUACUUUUACUACUUUCUUACUGUUUUUGUUCAUGACUGGAGAAGUAAAAAUGGCUGAAAGUGGCUGUAUAAGAGCUGUUGUAUACAUUAUAGGUUUGGUCAGAAAAAAGUACUGAAACUACAUAUACGUAUAUUCUUGUAGUUAAGUUUUUAUCUCAGGUAAUUUUUAUUUUUCUUUUGUUUCAACUUCAUUAGCAUACAUUACCAUACCCAAAAACAGAAAAAAAAAAAUUACCUGAGAUAAAAAAUUAACUACAACAUAUACAUGUACAUUUAUAUAGAAGAGGAACAUGGCAGAUUUAUUCAUUCAUUCAUUUAUUCAUUUUUUUUUUUGCCAUUAACUAAUAUAAAUACAAAUACGACAACAAUAUACAGAAAUUUAUAGUGCAUUAGAGAUAAUAUACACUAUUCUAACUAGAAUUAUUUACAAAAUUAAAUGUUUAGAGUGGUAAUGACAAGAAAGCCUAUAUAGAAGCCGUGGGCUUAUAAACUAUAGAUUCAUGUAGAAGUGCUAUACUAGCUAGGACACAGGACUGAGUAGGGUAGAGGGAAGUUCAAGAAGGGAAGGAAACUUCAUUUGGCAUUUUUCCUUUCUUCUUUUUCAAGGCCAUUUCCUCAGUUGGAGCAGGAUAAGAUAAGAGUCCUGGUGUUCAGAGAUUGUGAUCGCAGGGGAAAAACCUUGUUGUUUGAUUCUAAUGCAGUUGCCUGUCAGCAGGUAAGAAAAUUUAUAGCAAUCAUUUUACUGUUAUAUAUUACUGUUACGAUAAUUAACAAAGACUUUAUUUGCUGUAAAUGUACUUCUUUUCUUGGUUGGUUACAGUCAUAAUGGCUUUUUAUGAUUGUUCUACUUACCCUAUUGUUCACAAGUGUCUCAUCAACUUCCUAAACAAAAGUUGAUUUACUCUACUAAUAGUUUGUCUGUUCAUCACAGGAUGCAUGCCAUAACAAGGGCUAUGAUGUGGAAAACAAGAGGCUAUCUGGAGGACCAAAGAUGGACACUAAACAAGGAAACAAGUCUCCAAUGUCAAGACCUAAAUUACAGGUUUGUAUCUAAUGCUCAAGCAGGAUACAUACAUUUAAUAACAACAAUAAUCAAUGUAUUUGCCAAGUUUGAUUUUGUGGACUGCUUUUCAUAGGUCUACUACUAUUUGCCUUGUUAUUGUGAUCUUAAAACUGCGAGUUUUGCAUUUGUAGAAGACGUUUUGCAUCCUUCUUCAAAGUUUCUCCUGCUUUUUUUGGUCUUAACCUGUUUUCACUUGCUAUCAGCCUUGUGCUAACUAUAUCACAUGAUUUUCAGAACCCACGACCGAGUCAUGAUGCUAAAAUGCUGGGAGAAAUGAUUUUUGGAUCAGUGGCAAUGACAUACAAAGGGCAAACAGUCAAAGUUCAUGAAAUAAGGUAUGCCUUAUUACACAAAGCAUGAUGGCAGGCAUGACUAGCAUCUGCUUGUCUUAACUGGCCGUGUUCUCUUUAUUGGCAAGCACUAAACUUUAUAUUACUCUGCUUUUUCAUGUGUAUUUGUAUCAAGAGCACAAUUUGUUAAUGAUUGCUGUUGUUCUUGUGAUUUUUUAAAUUUUAUUUAACUUCCUUAGGUAUUGACACCCUGUACACCCCUAUAUGUUUUAUAUGUAGUUUGUGUGAGCAAAAGCUUUGGUGUAGAACAGAAAAUUUGCCUGCAUUGCAGGACUGAUUUUGUUAGGUGUCUUUAAUGAAAAUAGUGCAUGGUGUAGUGGGAUGGUUACUGGCAGCCAUAUAAUCACUCCACCAAUGUUAUUUCAUUGGUACGAAAAUUCAUAUGUGUUCAAGGUAGAUUAUAUUCAUCUGCAAAGAUUAAUGAUAGUCUGUCUUAACAUUGUGCAGACAUAAUAUUGUCUGAUCACAAGUUUUUGUUGUACAUAGGCAAGUUUAGGCAGACAUUGACUGUUAUCUGUGGUAUUGUGUAGACUUACCUAAUGAUCAGGUGUAAAAUAUGAAAUUUUCAGAACACCACACCAGCUACUUCUGACCAAUGUGUUUGCUGUUAAACCAAGAAUUGUUAUGCCCAAUUGUUGGUAAGAAUUGUUCAUUUUGACUGGUCAAAUUUGUUAAUCUGUAAAAUAAUUAUGAUGUGAACAGGUACUGCAAAUGCAAAAAAUAUAUAUUUUUUUACCAUUGUCAUCAUUACAUUUUAUCGUUUUUGGUGAAUGUGGAUGCGAUCCUACUAAUUACACUGUAUUAUGAUCAGUCUACAUGUAAGAAGUUUAUAACAACUUGGUAGUUAAACUGGAAUCUCUUUCUUUCCCAAAGUCUUUUUUAAUCAGCUAUACUUCAUACUGCGUAUACAUCUUUUUCUUUCAUCUGCAUUUCACCCAUAUAAUUUAUAUCUUAUACAGAGGAAUCCUGGAUUCUUGAACCCUUGGUUUCUUUAAACUCGUGAUACUUUAAUCUACCUUGUUUACUCUGAACCAUACCUUUUCCCUUGGAGUUUGAAGAAAUUGGGAUUUUACUUAAUGUCCGUUGUGAGUGACUCUAUAAUUAAUCAGUAAUAAGUACACACCAAAUACAAAUAUGGCAGACCUCUCCGCCAGCCUGGGUCUAGUUGUGCAAAAGCUAGGCUAGUUAGGCCUCAAGAGUUUUGUUUUGACUGCUCGUCUUAGCGAUUGAGUUGAUAGAUAUGGUUUCCUUCGAGUUGUUGCGUACCUGAGUGCCACGAAAAAGGAAAUUUUACUCUAGCUGGAAGUACCUUUACUUUUCCCGAGAUCUUUUCACAAAGAAAGUUAAGGAUUCAUGCGAUUCAGUGCUGCGAUGGAAAGCACUUUACAGCGAAAAUGCAAGUGUGCUCGCUUCACUUGCUUUAGAAGAGAGGACUCACAAAAGUAUUUAAAUGAAAUAAUUUUCACAAGAGAUGGUGCUGUUCCAUUAUGUUUGCAUGGUCUUUUAUUUAUCCAACAAAAGGUGAACAUUCUCGAGAUUGGGAGCAUCCACUGUCGACUUUUCAUGUUUAGAUUUCACGCUGGAAACAGCUGCAUGAAAUAUAACAACAGUGAUGAGUGUGAAUGAAACACAACAAUAACAAUCACCUGUUAAUCCUACAAGCAUGGCCUGUGAAACCAUGUAAGAACCAGAAGAAAGCAACAUGUUUGAAGAACAGUCCUUUGAUCAAAGUGCACAGAAAAAACUAACAAAGGAACUGUCACGAGCUAAGAAAGUAAGAAGAAGGAAAAAGGUUUUGGCAGGGAAAGAGUGUGCAAGUAUUCAAGCAUUGUAUUUGCCCUUACGCGUAAUCUAUUUUGGCAACUUGUUCAAGGGUUUUGAGAUAAACUAACAGCGGAAGUAACAGAAGUGUCCCUGAGAGCUCCUUAGGAUUGUUAAGUCGGAACGGCGAACUCACUUGUUCUCGAGAAUGUUUACCUUUCCUUGGUAAGAGAACAGACAAAGCGAACUUGAAACAGAACCAUUUCUCAGGAAUUCUCCCAUUCCAAAUAGUUUUGUGAGUCUUCUCUUCUGAAGUGAAGUGAGCACACUUUCGUUCUUUUAACUCGGUGAUAGUAAAGGGCUUCCAUUCCUUGCACCGAAUUGCUUCAAUCCAUGUCUUUCUUCCUAAAGAACCUUGGCAAAGGGAAGAUAAUCAACUUUUGUUUCUGAAGCAGUUAAAUCUCCUCUUUGAUGGCUCUUAAGCAGGUAACAAAUCGAACCAAACCAUAUCGAUCAACUCAAUCGCUAAGACACGCUGUCAAAACAAAACUCUUGAGGCCUCACUAACCUCACUUUCGCCUAGAGGUCCGCCAUAAUUAUUAUGUAUGUAUUAUUAUUACUUCUACUAUUACCACUACCACUACCACUACCACUACUACUAGUACUUAUAGUAAUAUUAAUAAUUUAAUACUUAUUUUUGUUUGUUUAGUGAUGGUAAUGAGUACUUAAGUACCAGCAGCCAGGUAGACUCAAUGCUUGAUGACAGCACCAGAAUUGACCCUGAAUGUGCCUCAGUAUCAUCUCAAGGUAGUUUUUCGAAAGAAGAUGGACUUCUAAAUGGUAUGUAUCAUCACUAUCCAGUGCUCAAACAUAACUUAUAAUAUAUGUACAGUGUACGUAGCUACAGUGUAGAAUAUUCACCUAAUCAAAUUCAAUAGCCUAAUAAGCACACUGAUGAUGUCAUCUAACCAAUAACUUGAGUUCUUGUGAGUUUAGCAAUCCUCCCAAGUGCAUCCAUGUUCUUUAUGUUUCACAGCAUGCAAAGAAGUGCUUUUUGUAACUUACAGAUAUUAAUUAUUAUACAAUAUUUGUAUUACCAUUAUUUUUUUUAGGAACUAAGUCUUCUAAGCCAGUGGAUGUUCCUGGAACUUCACCAUAUCUUGUUAUUGAUGCUGAUGGAGACAGUGGCUUCACUGCCUCAGUUGAAAGUAAAUUUUGAAUUUAUGGAUUCUAGCUUCAAUACAUUAUAUUGUUAUUUUAAGUAAAGUUAAUUCUUUUUGAAAAGGUUUCCAUAAUUUGUCAGAAGGCUGUUCAUGUUACUUUCACUGUCUAGCUUAUAUUAACAAGUAACUUCCUCUGCACUAUAUUUCCAAGAAUAGCAUUCCAGUUACAAAACACUGUAAUUAAUGGAAGUUAUAAGUUUAUUCAGUUAUAACAUCAGAUUUACAGUUGAUCCUCCACUAACAGCCACCUCUUAUCUACAAUGUACAUUGGCCACUUUUUUCAGCAGCAAGCCAUAUAUUGACUCUUGUUUAAACUUCUUGACAACACCCACUUCCUUCUGUCCCCAAGGUGGCCGGUUUGGAGAAGUCCAACCAUAGCUCUAUUUUAUUCUUGAUUUUAUGAUGUUUUUCAUUAUAUCAGUAAAUGGGUAGCUUAUUUAGUGUUUUCAGUGAAUACUCAGGAAAGCUUGCUACUUUUCCCUAAAUUGAAAUACUUCCAGGUAAUUAAAGAACUAUUCAUUCUAACCAUAUUUCACCUGCACAUGGUGAACACUGUACUUUAAAUUUGAUUGAAACUCCUAAGUAUUCUCAUGUUCAACCCGUAGGUCACUGCAAGGAAAAUAGACUAUUCCAUUAACAGUCAAAUCAGGUCAAGCAUUCCCAUCCCUAAUGAACUAAUGAAUUCAUUAACGGAAAAAUGAGUUCAUUUGUUGAUUCAAUAAUCCAUUCAUAAAAUGAACAAUCCAAUAUUCAUAUUCAGCCUCGAUCAAUAAACUACACUUUCCACAAGUUGACCUCAGAAUUUUGUUCUUCCUUCUUUUUUCUAAGAGUGGAGGGUGGGCGAGUUCUGAAGUUCAAACCCAAACAAACAGUCACAUGUACACUGUUUUGCUGCCAGUAAUCAGUGCAAUUCAGACCUGACCUCUUUGACAACACAGUGGUCAAUAUAUGGGGUAUUGAUCCUUGGCCUUUAAUAAUAAUAAUAAUAAUAAUAAUAAGGAUUUCUAUAGUGCCAUAUCCGUAGGCUCAUGGCACUUUACAACUGAAUAUUUCAAACUGAAAAUUUUGGAGAUAAAAAAAAUUUACAUCAAUAAUAAAAAACAAAUUUAUGAAAAAUACAAGUUAAAAUUAAAGAUUAAAAAAUUAAAAUUUUGUCAGUUUCUUUGCAUUUGACUUUGCGGUCUGUCGAUUCUAGCUGUUAUUUUGAUUAAAGGCAAUGAAAAACGCAGUUGUAAAUGGUAGGAAAAGGAAGCAAAUACAAAUUAACCCAACAGACAAGAAUAAAGAACCGGUAGAUUUUGUUAAUUGUUGAAUUGAUCAAUCUGACUAUUGGAUUAUUCACUAUUUUUAUGAAUGGAUUAUUGAAUCGACAAACCAAAUCAUUUUUCCAUUCAUGAAUUUAUUAGUCCACUGGUGACAGGAACGCUUGACAUGGUUCGACUGUAAUGUGUAGUGAAUAAAAUAGAGGCAUUUUAAUAUCUGCUUCCUUCUUUCAAAGGUAGCUACAUGGAUGAAAAUCUAUCAUCACUAUUUACUUCAGCUUCUUCACCUUCUGGCAGUUACCAUCGGCGUCUUUAUCGCAGUCAUGCCACAAGUAUUGACCGUAGCUUUGGGCGAAAAAGUGAAGAGUUAUCAGAAGAUGUAAGUUAUCAAUAAAAUUGCUUUGAGAGAAAGGGCUUAAACUAAGAGUUCCGUGUUGCUGGUUAUGUGCAAUAAUAUUAAUAAUAUUGUUCACGGUUAAUGUCCUCUGCAAAGGAGAGACUAGGUUGUUGUGGGAGUGUGACCAAAAGCGUGAUCAGGAAGAAGGCAAAGCUUCAGAAAUUUAUUUCCGAACAUUUUGUCACAAGUCAAACACAAGAAACUUCAAUCUAGAAAUUUACUUGAGCAACUGUGUUGGUUGCCCCCUAAAAUGGCUAAUUUUUUGCCAAAACAAAAUGCAGCGUACAUGUCUGGGACUCCCUUCCCUACCCUACUGAGUUUUUGACCCCUACUUCCAGAGUCUGUUCGUAGAUGCAGGUGUACGCUGACAUCAUUACCAAAUGUUUUCAGAUGGAUAGAUUACCAAAUUAUCUUAGCAAUUGGGCUCCUCUCACGUGCUUUAGCUCCGCAAAAAAUCAAUUUAAUACUACAUGAUCUGUUACGCGGCCCCAUAAGCUGUUUUAGCUUGAAUCUUAAGCAUGUUUAAAUAAUGUUGAUGUUAUUAUUUUCAUGGGGAAAAAUCUUACAAGUGUAAAAAUUACUGUACUGAAGAUUAUGGUCAAAACAAAGUUAUUUGUGUAAUCUUGCUUCUGUUUUUUUUUUUUUAAUGAGGCAAAGUUUGAUCUUCAAUAUUGUUCCCUCUUUGGUACUAAGUAACAAGUCUGUAGACCAUUUAGUUUGAACAGGUUUCUAAGGAAAUUUAGACAAAAUCAUGUGCUCAUGUGCUCUUUCACUCCAGUGUCAUACAUGUAUGCUUAUAUUUUAGAGACAAACCCUUUGGUAAUUUUUGGUUUAGAACUUUUCAAUUGUGAGUUGUGAAUUUACAGUUAAAUGGGGGAACCUACAGUGUAGCUCAGAAAACAUGUACAUGUACAUCUCACAGUAGUUAACAAUAUGUCUUUUUUUUGCAUUUGUAUUGGUUGCUUAUCCCUGAGCUAUACUGUUCAUUUUGUUACCCACAAGUAUACUAUAUUUAUGUAUUUUUUAUUGAAGGUUUCUCCACUGAUGAGACGGAGGCCAAAGUUGGGCAUUGGGAUUAUUUUAUCACUUGGUGACAAUGAAGAAAUGAGCAGGUUAAAAUUAUUGAUAAAUAUAAACAUUUAUAACAAUACUUAUGACCCUUUCACUGCUUGAAUCAGGAAUUAUUUGACGAACAAACAUUCAAUCACUGUCUUGAUUAAAUCUUUUAAUAGGACGUGUAAUAAAGGAACCCUGUUGAAGAAAUUUCAUGUUAUUCCAAAAUUAAUUUUUAAAAAUUUUUAUCUUUAAUUAUUGUACUAGCUACUUUGGAGAGUUAGAGGUUUUUUCCCACUACAUGUAGUUGAAUAUUCAGGCAAUAUACAUACAUGUUUACGUACAUGUACAUGUAUUUAUCAAAUCCAAGAAAGAGUACCUUAUUAACAUUUCCAAAUACUAAAAAUUUUAAUCAGCUUAUACGUUGAAGCUCAUCCAGGCUGCUAAUUAUACCAUACAUGUAGUACUGCAUGGGAAGAAAAUGCCCAUCAAUAACUUACUUAAAUGCAAAAAUACCACAUCCCUCAUGUUUAGAAAUACUGCAAUUUUCCAAUUUAAUUGUUUUAAGGCUACGAUUUCCAAAAGAUUGCAUAGAAAACUGUAUAACACUGCAUUGCCCCCUUAUUAUCAUGUUGAAAAUUUCCUUGUAAAUAAGGUUUAUCUUUUUUAAAAUAGGGCUCUUCAAGGUUUCUUCUUUGCACAUUUUCCAUUGCUUGAGUCACAUGUGAAACGGCUACGACUGGCUGUUGAGGAUGCUUGCUUCUCAAAAGCCAAAUCAUUUUCAACUCAAGUGACAGAGGUAUGACAACUACAUAAUAAACCAUUCAUGUUUAUUUUUGGGGGGAUCAGUCAUUGGAUCAUAUUCUGAAAUAAGAGUAGGCAGAAAUUUUGUGAGUUGCAAGUCAAGCUUGCUGUGAUUUGUGGAUGCCUGGAAUGCUACAGGAAUGUUAAUAAUGGCAAAUUUGAGGCUGUCACAAUGCAGUGAAUGCCAAAAUAGGAUAUUUUGAGAAUUUAUUCCUUUUAUUGUCAUGCUGGAAUAGAAAGUGUUUUGACUUCACAGAAACCAAACUAUAUAGGUAAUGGCUCCAACUAUUUGAAGAAGUAAAUACAUGUAAGGUGAAUGUAAUACAACGUACCUGCAACUUGAAACGCUAAUCUGUCUGUCCGUAAAUGAGUGGCCUAUCCUUUAGUGUGGUCUCAUUGCAUUAUCUUGGUGCAGCUUACAUUACGUAAUAGCUUUCAAUUAAUUACCUUGUUUAAUUGUCAAAUUUCAACAGGCAGUAAGUCGAUUCAAAGAGAACAUACACAACCUUCUUGCAGCACCACGACUUAAGGUACAGUUCUGUACAGUAUUGUUGUGACCUUCUGAAGGUUUUUUAGCAAAGUUGUAGUGGGGGAAACAAGCAGGUAGAAGGAUGUAACCUGAUUGUCACCAAGGUGUUAAAAGCUGGUACUCCAAUGGAAAGAAUGAAACAGAAAUGUUAAUAGGAUCAUGAUUCAAUGUAAUGUUUUUUAACUGUAAUGUAUAAACUAUAAUUUUUUGAAAAAGUGUUAGUACAUAUUGCACAUUGUUGUAGUUAUUAAUUUUAUUCCUUUUUCAUUCUUUUAGGAACCUGUUUGGUUAAACAUGAUGACUCACUCAUCUCAUCGUCCUCAUCUCUGUGAAAAAUUUAUGGUGCAGUUGAUUGAUUGUCUCAGAGUUGGAAAUACCAGGGAAACAAAUUUGUAAGACUUGUGAUUCUGUUUCUGCAAAACAAUUCUUUGUUAAGAGUAGACAACAGAUGAAGGAUGAAACCCACUUAGCAAAGACACCAAGAAAGGGUAUUGUUAAGUGUUUUUUGUUUUUGUUUAGUUUUAUGGCAGCAGUCCUGACAGCUGUUUUACAAUACCAUUUGGCGUGGGUAUCAACUGUCAUGCCAGCUGGAACAGCCCCUAGCCGGGCUUACCUGGAUAAGCAUUCUUCGAAAACGGUAAGGAUAAUUCGGGUUAAUCUUUACUUGCAUGAGAACUCCCGCUCUUCGCAGGAGUUGGUGUAUCCUUAACCCAUUCGCCCCUGAACCGCCCCUUACCGCCCGUGCGGAUCCACGUCCUUUGUACCCUUUGUGAUGUCAUCAGUUUUAACGGUCAAGGACAACUUUGUUCGCUAACUUGUGCAGAUUGAAGAGAUCUUUCAAACCAUACCAGAAUGAGCUCAAUUCAGUCAAGGACACCGGAGAAAGAGGCAAAAAAAACAUGUAACAUUGACCUGAAAAUCUCCAUGAAAAUCUUGUUCCAUUGCUCACCUACCUUUCCUUUCACCUAAUCCUAAGAUCCUAAAAGCUUUCCUAAAAACUAUUCCCACCCAAAUGAAGCCUACUAAAUGCCCAGCAAGAGAAAAAAAAAUGAGGCAAGAAAAGCGAAAAAACAGGGGAGGAGAGAAAGGGAAAAGUAAAAGUCAAGACUGCUGUGUCACUUUUAAACCCAAAAACUCUCUUGAAAUUUUGCUUUCUGCGCAUGCCCGAACUUUGCAAGCUGAUAUUUUGCAUCUGGAUCAGAAGGCCGUCAAGUGUACGACCUGUAAACUGGUUUGUGGUAAGUUUUAGCUCUUUAUAGCACGACAGUGACCAGAAAACCACUCGACUAGCUUCAAAACGCGUUUUUAGGCAAAAUCUCCAGGAGCGAAUGGGUUAAAUGUGCUUAUGAAAAUCAACUACAUUGUACUGAGUCCAACAUCUCCAUCUAUAAUGUAUACACCUCCCCAGUACAGAUGCUUCUUGUGGUCCUUGUUAAGGAAGGGAACCUUUUAGUUACGUAAUUGUUACCCCUACAAUAUGGACUCCCUUACCUCUACUGUGUACCUUUUCAUGUAUAUGUUACAGGUCAAAUUCAAUUUCAGGUUAAGUUUGAUUUAACUUAUGUUGAUUCUCAAGUUUUAAUGUCUCCUAGCCCUAGAAAACAAAGGAAAUUGAGAAUCAACCCAGGUUAAAAAAAAUUUCACCUGAAAUCAAAUUUUACCUUUAACAUAUACACUGUACCUCUAAUUUGUCAAAGUUAGAGCAUCUGAAUCAAUUUAUUUUCGUUGACCCAAAUGUUUAUUGGGUGUGGCAAAAUUUGAUGAAAAGUUUGAUGGUUGAACCUGGUCUACAGUUUUACAAUGUACAUGUAUGAAGAGCCAAGUACAUUUCUUUUAUAUUAUGUGUUUGUACAUUUACAUCUCUAUUAGUAGAUAGAGUUGUGUUAAAUCAAUAGUGAUUUUAUUACCCAAAACUAAUCAAACUUUCUCUCUUUUUCUGUUGUCUCAAAGCUGGAUCUUCUUGCCCAGUCACACCCUUACAAUCCAUUGUGGGCACAGCUAGGGUAAGCUUCAUCGUAAAAGUGGUUUCUGGCAAUGCUAUAAACCUUGUUAGAGUGCAAACAUUAACAUAGAGUUUAUGGGUAGCGAAGAACACCGCAUUAUUUCAUUCUAGGUAUAAGUGAUUGGUCCAAAUCACAAAUGCAUCAUUUUUAUUGAACAAGUAUAUUACUUUUUUUAAAUUAUACGAGAAAAAAUUUGCCAUACCUAAAUUUAAAUUUUUAGCUUUCCCACAAAAGUACUGAUGAUACAGUACAGUAUUGAAUACUGUCACCUAAAUUGCAUGUUUUUUUUUUAUCAUGUUACAGUGCCAGGUAUUUGCCAGUGUAUUUCUGCACUGAAAUGAAUAUUAUUCUUUAACACAAAAUGGUUGUGAAGCUCCCUAAGGUGUCCUGACAAAAACUUGAAUGCCCAGGAAAUAAAGAUUGAAAUUAUGGCAGCUAAAUUUCAUGUGCUAUAUCAGAAAAAGACAAUGCAUCAAAACAGCAAAAGAAACAUUUUCAGUACCCCUCAUUUAAUUUAACGUUUAUUUUUCAUGAACAUUUAAAACCCCGGCCACUUACAUGUAAAUGCGCAAAAAAAUCAGCGCGGCACCCAAAAUUUUUGGCACUGUGCUGGCAAUUUUUGGGCUCAGCACACACAGCACACACAACAUGCAUCAGUACCAAUAGGUAGUGUCUUCCCAAAAAUCACCUGUAUGGUGCUAAAAAUUUGGAAUGUGGUGCCAAUUUUUUUGCACGUGUAAAUGAAGUUUAGGUUGCAGUACCUGUCUAUGACAUAUUAUUUUGACCACAUGCUUCCAUUAAUAGUUACACAGGCAGAAUAAUUUAAUAAUGUUCAGUUCAUGAAUAUCUUGCCCACUUGUUGAUGGCAGUUGAUGGCAAUAAUACUGAGAGGGGUUUUAUAUGUUGUGGUUCAAUUUUAUCCUUGGUUUAAAUGUUAUUUUCUUUUGUUUCAUACUCAUUAUCAUGUCAUUAUCAUACAUAACCAUACCAAAAAACAAAAGUAAACAAAAUUUAAUUUAAUGAUAAAAAUUGAAGUACAACAUAAUAUUAUAUACCUAUCAUUUUUUUUACUUGCAGGGACUUAUACGGUGCUAUUGGAUUCCCUCUUCGAGUAGCAAAAACAAUUGUUGUUGGAAAAGACUCUAAACUUGUUGAGCAAGUGUUAAAUAUCCUAAGUUACUUUAUUAGAUGCUCUGAAGUGUUUGAGCAUGUACAAAAAAGAGAUGUUGGAAGCAAAGAUGGUGCAAAUGAUAGCAGUUCUAAUUUAAAAGAAGAAAACAGUUGUUCCCAUUGUGGACAUUUGCCUCCUGCUGACAAGCAACAUUCUAACAAGAGCUCUAGUUUAACAAGUGAAGCUGGAGUCUGCUUUAAAUGUAAGCAGAAUUGUGGAGGAAAGUGCUUUCUGCAAGAACUAAAGGAUGGGCAGGAUCAAAAGUCUUUAUGUGAGCAAACAUCUGAACAGUUUCAUAUUAAUGGCUUGUAUUGUUCAAAAUGUUCAAGAAAAAGCAACAACUUAAGUGCACUGUCUGAAAUUGAAUUGUCACAAUUGAAAUGUGUUUGUAACAGUAUUUCCAUUGGAGGUGUUCAAAAGGAGUUAAAACAUUUUGUCAAGGAUGGAAAUCACUUGAAGUCAUUUCGAUGCUAUUGCUGUGAACAUCAAAAUAGAAGCAAUGUUAAUAACAUUUUGUCUCAUGAAACCAAGGAGAAAUGUUUCUGCGAUUCAGGUUGUGAUGCUGGUAAUAAUGAGGAGAAACAGGAUUUCACAAGACAACUACAUUCUACAGGGAGCUACUGUAUAAAUUGCUUACAAAACCUGCUUGGACAGUGCAACAAUGGCCUUGAAAAUCAAGCAAAUGGCUCUCUGACAAAAUUAAGUCAUAUUCUUCAAAGAAAAGAUGUUAUUUUAGGCAGUAAUGGGCACAAUGACAGUCAGAUAUCUGAAACAGACAGUUGCCUUUCUGAUGAUACCGACAUAGUCUCAGUGAGAAGCAGUUUGCCAGACUCUUGUACUGAUGUUCAUGAGACUAUAGCAUCUUAUGGGCGCAGCGGUUCAGCUGACUCUGGUAUUCAUCAAAGUCCUCUAAAUUCACCAAUUGCCCAACGCCCUGUAGAUUUUCCUAAACUUAUUGCUCAUCAAGGAGAAGAAACAAAGAUGCCCAAAGAGCUUUCUCUUCCACCAGUUCUGGAUCUGAACUGCUGCCCUGAUCUUAACAGGUAGGAAUUUGGAGUAAAGUGCACCAGAUUUCCAAGAGAAUUGAUGGAUUGUUUUGCUAUCUUUGAUUAAUAAUGCUGUCAAAAAAACUUUGUCAAAAGGAAUCAAUAGCACCUUUUGAUGGGCUUCAAAAUACUAGUUGUUUCUCUGGACAAGAAGCUGUUCUCCUCUUGUCUAUCUGAAUGGAGUUGAGGCUAGCUGGAUUUCAAGCUAUAGUGGACUACACUUAGAACCCUGUCUAGUGGGUGGUAGAAGACUUAGUGACAAUACAGUGUACGAUAUUCGUACAUGACCUGUGUAGGGUUUCACAGGAUGGUUAUCUUGUGCUAUAUUGCCUUGAGGACUUACUUCAAAGGAAGGUUCCAGUUAAGAAAUGGGUCACUUAUCUGACUCACCAUAAUUACCUCUAUAGUGCACCUUGACACAAACGUUUUUGUUUUGUUAGUGCAGCUUUAAUUCUGGGGGAGUGUGUGCAAACUUCUUUUUUCCUUUGCUGUGUUCAAAGUGACAACAAUAGCAUGGGAAGAGCUAUUAGUUUAAAACUGAAGGUCUAUGUCCCCUUCCAGAUUUACGAUAAUUUAUUUAAAAGAAACAUUAUGCCAAAAAAAGGCAACAAAAAUCACAAAUUUGCUGGAAAUUAAGACUUUUAUUCGUAGGUGACACAUAAAAUUGUAGCGUGUAAAUUUGGCACUUUAUUUGAGUGAGGUGCUUUCUUGAUAAAAUGCGUUACUCUUAAUUUUCGUUGUUUUCACAGAAAAACAGAUGACUGGAGAAACUUUAACAAUUUUGGACGAUCCCUCUUUGCGGGGUAAGGGACCAACAACAUUUUUUACCAUUUUUCCAUGCUCAUAGCAUCCUCACUUUUGUGAAGAAUUACCUGGAAGCAUUUUUCAGCUCCUCUGCGGUUUGAAGUUUUAAAAGUAUUUUGUUCCUGGCUAUAUUCUUCAAAAACCAGUUCAUUAUUUAGGAGGAUAAAGGCACUCAGCAGCUGAGAAAUAUUUUAAAAUGUAUAAUAGCUCUCUUAAUUCAACAUCUGAUUGUCUCUAUUGCAAGUAAGUGACUAUAAAAAUGCAUGUAUGCAUGUUGCUACAAACUGUUUUUGUUUCUUUGUUUCUAGUAUUUGUGACAGUUAUUUACCGGACUUGGUUCUUCAAGGUGUUCCAGAUAAUGACUUCAGAGAAAGUUUAACAGCUGAUUUAAAGCUUGCCCUGCAGGUAUGACUCAUCGAGUUUGUCAAUCCAUUUAACCCAUUUGCUCCUGAGCCACCUGUAACUGCGUGUGUGGAUCCAUGUCCUUUCUACCGCUUGUGAUGUCACCAGUUUUAAUGGUCAAGGACAACUUUGCCCGAUAACUUGUGCAGAGUGAAGCAAACCAUACCAAAACGAGCACAAUUCAGUCACUAAAGAAAAAGGCAAAAAACCAUGUAACAUUGACCCGAAAAUUUACAUGAAAAUCUUUUUCCACUACCCAUCUACUUUUCCUGUAAUCCAAUCCUAAGAUGCUACACGUUUUCCUAAAAACUUCUCCCACCAAAAUGAAGCCUACUAAAUGCCCAGCAAAAGAAAAAAAAAAUGAGGCAAGAAAAGUGAAAAAGAGGGGAGGAGAGAAAACGAAAGGUAAAAGUCAAGUCUGCUGUGUCACUUUUAAACCCCCAAACUCGAAAUUUUGCUUUCUGCUCAUGCCCGAAUUUCGCAAGCUUUUAUUUUACAUUUGGAAAUGGCUUUGUGGUAAGUUUUAGCUCUUCAUAGGGCAACAGUGACCAUAAAACCGCUCAACUAGCUUAAAAAUGCGUUUUCGGCAAAAUCUCCAGGGGUGAAAGGGUUAAUUGUGACUGUUUGCCACUGCAAACACAGAUGUAGUAUUCAUGCAAGAUACCGUAUUUAUUUGAUUAACCGCCCUGGGCGCUUAUUAAAUUUUUGGACCUUGAGAGUGGGGGCUUUUUUGAGGUGGGCGCAUAUUCAAGGUUGGCACUUAUUAAAUUUUCACCAUUUUCAGCAAGUGAACUAUGUUUAUUUUGCAACAAAACAAUAAGUGCUAGUAACAAAACGCGAAGAAGUAACAAAGCAAGGUUUCUGUAAAAUACUCUAAAGAAAACUCCGUCCUUGGGGAAAUCUCUUAUUAGAAUAUAUUCACUCAAGUGGGAGAAGUGGGGGUGAGCGCUUAUUUGAGUUUGAUUGGGAGGAGGAGGGGGUGGGCGCUUAUUAACUUUUUCUGCCUUUAGGAUGGGCGGUUAUUCGAGGCGGGCGCUAAUUCGAGGUUGGGCGCUUAUUUGAAUAAAUAUGGUAAUUCAGUAAAGUAAUGUGGCAGUAGAUUAGACAUUGUGGUUGUCUGACUAUAGUAUUUAUUUUCAAAUAGUGUCAUUUCUUAGGUGACCAUCUGCAUGUAAUAAGACUUAUUACAUGCAGAUGGUCACCUGAGAAUUGACACUAUUUGAUAAUAACAGUUAGUGUCUGUUGUGAUUAUAUUUUACAGCAUUCAGUUGUUGAUGAUCCAAUAUCAGAGGCUGUGUGUAUCAUUGCCAACACUGACAAAUGGUGAGUUGUUAACAUUAACUCAACAUUGUUGAUAAUACCUUUCCAAUAUUACAAUUUAUUUUACUAAGAGGCCAAUUCCCAUUUUUCGAUAGCAUGCUCUAAACCUAUGAAAUCCAGGGCGCCCAAAAUAAAAUUAUCCGUGCAAAAACAAGAUUUGCGUGAUGCCCUCGGGCAAAUGUUAGUCAUCUGGAGCAAGGAGGCACUGCUAGAACACAGCCCUGUUUUUAUUCAGUUUGGGUCAAUAAUAAUUAACAAAGGUAAUUAUUUUAAUUUCCAUCACUUAGGACUUGCAAGGUUGUCUCUGUAAAGAAACACAGGAAGCAUUCAAACAGGUAAACAGACAGACCAAUAAAAUACCAGAAUGUGCAAAUGGAAAAAAAGAUAGUAUUUUUAAAAACAAUAAGAUUCUUCUUAGACCUUAGCUGGCCUGCAAGUGUAUAAGUUGUUCUAUUCCCCAGACAAGGAUGAUGUUAAAACUCUCGUAGUUACUUACAUUGUAAAUAUAAACGAUAAUUUUCGAACAUAUUCAUAUCAUUAUCAUUUUGUACAUGUAUAUGAUGCUUGGUGUUCAAUGUUCCACCACACAGUGCUCUAUGACCGAUGUAGCUUUAAUUCAAUUUUGACCCUGCUCGCCAUAGAGCCUCCAGUUUCUCAGUGGUUAGAGCAUCCGAACUAGAACUCAGAGGGUCGUGAGUUUCAUUCUCACAUGGAGCUCGGAUUUUUUUCUAAACUUUCUGGCAUUAGAAUUCUCCUUCUUCCAACUUAUAUGUCUGAUAAUCUGUGCAGUAAUUUUGCGGGAAUAGUUAAUUUUAAUUUGUGAUCUCCCUUUUUUUCUCCAGUGAUCCUGUUUAUGUACACCAAAUUGAAGUGUCCAAUUUAGUUUAUUCCAUGUUGUCAUCCCUGAAGGGUCUCUGGGAUAUGAAAAUGUCUGCUGAGUUUGUAAGUUUCCAGCUGAACAGCUUUUUCAAGCAUACUUUAAUCCUCUCACUCUAAAAUUAUGUUAUAAGGAGACAGUAUGUCACUAUAACUUUUAAAUCUGCCGACAACAUCCUAUAGUGUUAACAUUCAAAUCAAAACCGUUUGGCAGAACUUUUGCGUAUUGCUAUUACCUUAGUAUUUAGGAUUUGUGGGGUAGUUUCUUUUUUGGCCACUUGUAUUUGUACUUGUAAAUUUUGCAUUUUCGUCCAAUCCUGGACAUAAAUAGCCUCCAACGCAGGCGUUUCGCCUGUGUGGGAGGCUGGGACAUAAAUGACUGGUUGAAGAGAAAGGAUGGAUACCCUGCCAUACCUGCUGUCCUUUUGAAACUUACCCUCUCACUUUUUUAAAAUUAACAGGUUAAAAUAACGUUGUAUACUUUGAGGGAUGUUUUUAAAUAUAAUUUGAACACUUUUACCACUGUUGUAUCAAGGAUGUUUUCAGACGAAAAUAUGACUAGGAGUGGUUGUGUUUGGCUUGUAAUCAUUACGUGUCCACUGUGUGAUAUAAUCAGGGUGCUAAUAGCAUAGUGUUAAUCUCUGCUAGUUCGUUGUUAAACUUUAUCAGAAUAGUGGCACCAUGGCAUUCUAUUAAAUGUUUUUGUUUCAUAUUUUAUCUCCUGUAGUGUUUAAUGCACCUGGAAGAUAAACUGAAAGAAAUCAACCUGAAAAGCAAGGUAGGGGAAUAUCGUUCCGGCAUGUAUUAAUGCUUCUGAUACAUAGAUUGCAAGCAGUGAGCAAAAUAACCGCUGACUAUGUAAAACUUUCGAUGACAAGAAAAGGUGCUAAAUGGUACUGCACAGUAGCUUUCAUUUCAAUAGUCAAGCGACUCAAUAGCUAGAACCAACGUUUGCAGUAUUUUGACAACACCUCAGGAAAGUAAUGCUUUUUAUUUAGUGUUUGCGUUACACUUGGGAUCAUAGCUAAAUUAUUAAUGUUGACAUAUACUUGCUUCUUGUUAGGUUAUAACAGAAAGAUUGAGAGAUCGAAGAAGGGCCUUGACUCGCGAUGAAGUCACUAAAAUGCUCGGGUGAGUAUUGUACGUAUGAUGUUUACUCUGCUCUAGAAAUUCCUCUCUAUUUUCUUUUUCUUUAACUCUUUUUGAAUGACGGUGUUUGCAUUGAUAUCCCAGUACAGUAUUAAAAAAAUUAUUGAAUGAGGUUUUUGUGAUACAGUAUUCGGAAUAAUCAAGGUCGGGUUAACUGUUAUCAGCCAAACUUGAAGCCGUGUCUGCCUACACUUACCUCGACCUUAAUUAUUCCGGAUAUCACAAAAACACUAAUGUAAUGAUUAUUUUUAUACAUUGUUUUGAAGAAACUAACGACAAAGACACCAUUGCACGGAACACAGUUUGACAUUGCUCUUACAUUGCGCGCGCAACGUACACAAUAUAGUCAGUUAUCUGCUUGCAAAUAACUAACUAAUUUGUAGAUUGUGCUGAUUUCCAAAAUUAACUGUAGGCUCUUAUCCAAUGAGGAGACAGAAAGUGACUACAAGGUAUAAUAAUGUUAGUAAUCAGGGUUUCUUUGUCCUUUUGUAGUGUGGAUAACAGUGACAUACCAUUGUUGUUGGCAGCAGCCAGCACUCACUCUACACACAGUAUACCAACGGUAAGGUGAACCUAUCUCGGGCAACACAGUGUCUCAACUCCGCGAACAACAGUACACUUCAUACCAGGCUAUAAACUUGAAUCAUGUCAAAGAUCCCGUCAAGACUGUCCAAAAGUAAAGUUCUGCUGGAAUAGGAUUGCGCUGCCAUGACAUGUUGUACAUCACUUUUCAUCAUAAAGUUGCAUUCGGCGUUUUUCCUUAUGGCCGGAUAUCAACGAAACGCCUGAUAUGGGAACAUUUGCAGAACAAACACUGAAACGUUAAUUGUGAGAAUAACCUCAUGACUUACACUGAUUCAAACUGAACUGUAAAAUAGCCUUUUGGCCAAAUAACAAAGACAGAAACAAAUAUUUAAAUACAUGGUGAUGGAUAGUAUAGAAAGAAACUCUGAGCUUCUGAAGAAAUAUUGUUUCGUAAACCAAACUAAUACAUGGAUUUCAACAGGCGUCAAGAUGGUCAACAAACUUAAAAUUAAGCAGUAUAUCAUCAGUCGUUUUAUACUGUUUGGUUUGUUCUUUGUUUUCUUUUUUGCCAAAAGGAUUAGUUUGCUGUUUAAGUUUCAUUUUGACGGUCCUAUAAAAUGCCUCUCGCCCCCUGUUUUCAUGAGUGGUUAAAUUCAGAGCCGAACAGAUUUUAGAAAAGGGCGAAAUGUUUAAAUUACGUAAGUUGUCUACAUUUCAAUAGAUUUCAUUAAGGAGAGAAAGCCUCUCCAGCUUCAACGGUCAUUGUGGUAGACCUAAAUCGGGAUUCUUCAUUCCUUUCUAGUUUUUUUUCCUUCCUCCUGGUAGACGUAAAUCAGGAUUCUUCAUUCUUUUCUAGUUUUUUUUAGUACGAAUAACAAGGUCAUCCAGUACACAUACGUGCAUAGUAAUGAAAUACGAGCUUUCAUCUUUUGCAGCGUGAAUACACAGUAAUUUAGGAAAGUACUCAGCUCAGUUUCUGAUCAUACAGUGAUCCCACUUAAGAUUGGGUCUACAGACGCAGAUAACCUUACAUAUUGAUAGUAUAGAUCCCAAUAGGAUGAGCUCUGUAUAGGAAUUUACCCGUUAAUUGUUGCUCGAAACAACUCUUGUACCGUAUAAUUACUGCAGGUCAGUAAUUAUAGGCAAUAUUUUAAUUGUUAAUUAACGAUUGUCACCUUGAGUGACUGAGGUAUUACGUAGCUUAAGCAACCACCGCGACGACGGCUGCCGGCAAAGCGUUUCUUAAACUGUGUGAAUUCGCGCUGUUUCAAACUUUAUUGCCCUUAUUCCUUGUUGUUGCAAUUUUUUAAUGUUUGCGGAUUUUUCGGGAUUCGAAUUCUAAGGGACUGUAUUGAAGUUAGCAAAAAGAAAAAGAUGUUCUUUAUUUUCUGUUCACGUCCUCCAGAAAACGUGAAACGGGGAAGUUUCAUGUCGCAGCCGCGCAAUGACGACAAAGAGAUUUGAGAAACAAGCCUGCUGCUGUUGUUGUUUUGCUAAUCUAAUUUUUUUUAGACGCUCUCGUUACCGUCGCCGUCGUGAUUGCUUUAGCUCCCUAUUAUUAGUCGUGUCGCGUAUAAAACCCAAUCGAAGAGGUCAAGCGACUAAAGCAAAGAAAAGCCUGUAAAACGCAUUCGGCUUUGAAUAGCAGCUUUCCAAUAGUUUCCUUGGAAGAUGAAGAACGGCAAAGGAAUUAAAUUUCUGUAUAAUCAGAGCACUGAUAUUUAAUAUAUAUUCUAUAUUUUCAAGCAGAAGAUAUUGUAAGUUGGCUGUUAACAUGUAUGUUUUGCUAUAAAUGAAUAAAGGGGAUAAAGAGGUU